AUGCUCCUUACCCCGCUGCCUGCCUGCUGUGCUGCCCGCUGGCCCCUCGCUCUCGCGGCUGCUCCUCCGCUGGCGCUGACGCGCGGCCCUCUGCUGCAGGGCGACGACUCGGGCGACGACGACGACAUGGACGACGGCGAGGCGGGCGCCGGCGACGCAUACGGGCGUCGCCGGGCGGGGCGGCCGCGCAUGAAGAAGGCCGGCAAGUACCAGUGCCGCAAGUGCGACGCCACCUUCCCCACCUCGCGCGGCCGCGAUGGUCACCAGCGCAUGCACGGGCCCAGCGCGGGGGCCGUCGUCCGCCGCGGGCCCUCUGCGGAGCCCUACCACGACGGCGCGCCCUACGGCCCCAUGGCCGCGGGCUGGGGCUCCGACGACGCGGAUCCCACCCGCGAGGCCGCGCCCGAGCCGCCCCCAGCACAGUACGCCCAGGUGAACCUCGCGACCGGAGAGGCUCGGGCAGACGAUCGCGCGGCAGAGGAGGGCGGCGAGGGCCAGCCCGCGACAGUCGGCCCGGGCGCGGAGGAGGUGGGCGCGGGGGACAUGCUGCCGUUCACGGCCGCGCGCAGCAGGAGGAUGCGCAAGCCGCGGCGGUUCGAGAGCUUCGAGUGGCAGACGGACGAGUGGCGGCGGGAGGAGAAGAUGGACGAGACGGCGCCACCCGUGGGCGCGGACGGCAGCGGGUCCGACGGGGACAUGGAGAGCAGCGGCAGCGAGCGGGACGCGCACGUCUUCGCCUGCAACGAGUGCACCGCCGUCUUCCCCAGCGCCAGGUCGCUCGGGAGCCACCGCAAGCUGCAUCGCAGUGAGCGGCGGCGGCGCCUCGAGGAGCUGCGCGCCAUGUCGGAAGACGGCCACUACGGCAGCGAAGUGGGGCCCAAGGCGGAGCCACACGCGGCCGGGGCGCCGGCAGAGAGGAGGGAAGCCGCGGAGCCGCACGCCAAGGCGCGCGCGCUGGAGGUGGGGCGCGAGGUGUACGGCGGGUGCAUUUUGGCCAACGGGCGCUACCGGUGCAACACGUGCUUCAAGGACUUCGGCACGGGGCAGGCCCUGGGCGGCCACCAGCGCAUCCACUCCAGCGGGCCCACCCCGGCCAAGAAGAAGGCGCCCAAGGCCCUGGCCAAGCCGCGCAAGCGCGCGCCCACCGGCACACACCCCAAGGAACCCCACCGCGCGGCCUUCGGGCGGCCGCUGUCGGCCUCGGGCAGCCGGUGCGUGGUCCCGGGGCGGCCGGCGUGGAUGGACGACGACGACGACGAGGAGGCGGAGGAGGAGGUGCGCAUGGGGGGAGGGGGCGAGGGCGGGUGGCGCAAUGCAGCGGAAGAGUCGCCCGUGGGAACCGGGCGCGAUGUGGCGCAGCGCUGGGAGGCCACGGCAGGAGGAGGCGGGGCGGAGUGCGAGGACUCGGCGGAGCUGUUAAUGGCUAUCCACUUCCAGCAGCAGGAGCGAGAGCGCGAGCGCGAGCGGGGCGUCGCGCAACGAGGUAUCACCAAGCCCCUCGCCGCGUCGCCCCUCGGGGUCAAGGCGCGGCUAGGGGCCGCCGCCACUGCUGGAAGUGAACCCCCCCAGGAUGUCGAGAUGACGGUCGCCAGCCCCACGGAGAAGGUGGCCCCCGCGGCCGCGCAGCCGGUCGCAAUAGGUAUAGGAGGGCCCCGCCCGCGGGCAGUCGCGGUUGGUGGGGCGUGGCAUGCGGCGGCCCGGCUGAGCGCCGAGUGGGCGGAGAAUGUGCCCAUCGGGCAGAGCAGCGUCUUCUUUCCGGGCCGCGCGCAGACGGACACGUGGCCUGGGGGCGAGAAGCGCAAGCGCGUGCUGUCGCAGCUGCCGGGCGCCAGCAGCCCAGAGAGCUCCCCCGCCAACAGCCCCCAGGCCACGGGGCCGACCCCCAGCCGCUUCCACGCGCGCCCCACCGCGGCGCACGUGCCCGCCCCGUACCGCCCUGCCAGCAUGGGCAGCCCCGCGGGUGCCGGCCUGUCGCGCUAUGGCGCCCAAGCGCUGCACGGCCAGCCGCGGGGGGCGCCCGAGACGGGGGGGCGGCCGGACCCGCGCUUCCUGAGCACCCUCACGUCCAGCACCAGCGCCGCAGUGACCAAGGUGGGCCCAGCGCGCCUCCACCAGUGCGGCGAGUGCGGAGCUGAAUUCGAGACGGGGGCGGCGCUAGGAGGGCACGUGGGCAAGCACCGCCGAGAGAACGAAAAGCUGCGGGAGAAAGAGGCACACGCGAGCGACCCGCCGAGCAGGGAGGCGCUCCGGGCGGGCAUCAUGGCGCGCGUGGGCAUGUCGCUCACGCCGCGCGGUGGCAACGUGAAGGCGGCCACUGCGCGGCACCAGGCCCCAAAGAAGCGCAUUAUGGUCAAGUUCCAGGCGCAGCAGCAGCAGCACGGGCCCCCGCACCCCGCCGCCCCACUCGCCGCGCACCCCGCCGCCCCCAGCUCCGCCUAUCUGCGGAUGCCCAUUGCGGGCCUCUCGCAGCACCCCGGAGGAGCGGUGCGGCUUGGGCCGUACUCAGUCCCGCCCUCGCAGUUGGCUACAGGCCGCGCGCCCCUGCGACUGACGGUGCAGGUGGCCACCUCCCCCGUCGUGAGCCCCGCCCGGUUGGUGCGCUCCCCCACCUUCGGGCGCGACGCCCUCCCUCGGGCUGCCGCGGCCACCGCGUCCCCCGACCCCACGCCGCGCACUCGCGACGUGGCCGCCUUGCUGCAGAACUGGAAGGCGCACACCGACACCGGCGGCCGAGGGGAACCGCUACAGGCCGCCCGCACCUGUGAGAGCCCCUCCCGCACCCCGGUCCGCAUGGUGAGCAGACUGGCGGUGCCGCCCGCUCUGCUGACGCUGCCCAACGGGAAGGCCGACCCGGAGGCGGCCGCGCCCAAGGUGCUGUCGCCGGGGAACGUGAAUACUGCCGCGCGCGCACCCAUGGGCCCGCUGCAGUGGGAGGCGAAGCUGGCGCAGCGCAAGGCCGCGUCGCCAACGGGCGGAUGCAAGGGCAGCAGCAUGCCAGCCGGGGAGGGGCAGGCGCGGACCCCCAAGGCAAGGCCCACCGGCGAACGGGCUGUGAAUGCUCCGCGUAGUGCCACGUGAUCAGAUAGGCAGGAUGUUAGGGAAGGAAGAGUAGAGCACGCUUUCAUCGAGUCUAAAAUGUAAGGGGAUAAACACGGCCUGCAUUACAAGUUUCAGAGUCUCGAGCUGCGAACCCCUCUCUCGGAUCCAGUGUGCACCAGAGAAAAUUUGAGGCUUAGCCCUGUUGCCAAUGGUUUUACCUUUGCUUGCAGCCGGUAGUAUUCUGUGGCCGUGUUUCUAUCUUUACGGUGGCU